AUGAUUUCACAGGGUCAACAAGCAUCGCCCCCUUCCAAGAAGCUGGCCAACCUGAGAGAUGAUCCUGCCUUUAGAGAGUUCUUCAAGUUGCAGCAGUCAUUUCAGUGCAACGUCGCUAUAAGACUGAUCUCCUGCCUGGAGCGAUUGAUGGGCAAAGGAAGUAACGGACAGAAUGAUCUCUUAAUCAUAUCUACAUUACAGCUGCUGCAGGGAGUGCUGCUGCUGCAUACACCAAGCCGAGAACUCUUCGCCAGAGAGAUCCACAUGAAUUUGCUGCUUGACCUGCUAGACCCAUGUAAUUGUCCUGCAAUUCAGUCUUCCACUCUCCUGACCCUCGUAUCGACUCUGCUUGGCCAGCCUGGCAAUACCCGCACAUUCGAGUCCCUCGACGGCUUGUUAGUCAUCACCGCGCUCUUCAAAUCACGAUCAACAGCACGAGAAGUAAAAAUGAAACUUGUCGAAUUCUUGUAUUUCUAUCUAAUGCCCGAGACACCACAAGUGCAACCUCAGAUGUCAGCAAGCGCCUCAAAUACCGCAGUGUUGGGAGGCAGAGGCCGGGAACUGGUUGCCGCAUUUGAGAGGAACCGACGAGAGACUAUCGGUGGGGUGGACAAGGCAAAUAGUGAAUCAAGUCAGACGAGGAAUACAGAGGAGAAGCAGAAGAUGCUGGGAAAGUAUUUGGGGAAUGUCGAUGAUCUCGUGGAGGACCUGCGAGAAAGUGGAGGACCGUUUAUGGGAGGGGCAUUAUGA